AUGGAGGAGAUAGACAGGCUGCUUUCCACCAUCGAGCUUGACGAGUACACCAUCAAGGAAGUCCAGAAUGGUUGGGAGACGACCGAGAAGCGAUUGGGAGGGCCAAAAGCAGCCGGCGAGGAGGUGUUUACGAAGCUGAGGAACGAACUUCCAAAGACGCAGGGGAUGCUCACACGAUCCAGCACCGUUUGGCACCUCUUGUCGGAGUUGUUGCAAUCCCUGGGGCAGCCCCAGUUGGUCCAGAAGCGCCUGGAGUACAUCGCCCUGCGCCACAUGAACGCGGACAUCACCACGGCCGACGUCGAGAUCUUCCGCAACAUCCUGUUUGAAGUUUGUGCGUCGAAGCUGGGUGGCUUGAUGACUCCAGAGUUCCAGUUUGGCCUGGGUCAGAUCGUUGAUGUGGAGAAGGGUGAACAGGAGCAGGGCGAUGAAAAGCAUGGAGCGUGGCAGGACAACUCCAACCUGAACAUUCCAAAGACCUUUGCAGCAAUGGCGCGGUUCAAUGCUGCUGUGAUGGGCACGGGGGACCGCAUGUGGUUCGCUGACAUGCUUUAUGCCAUGGAAUCCCUGGUGCCCUACAUCGGCAACAUAGACCGGGUUCAGGAAGACUGCGAUGUACUGAUGUUGACGUUGGCCAAAUACGGCCAAAUCAAUCUCAAGGAAUUCCGUUCCGUGAUGUUUGCAAGUCUUAGGUCGCUCCUGCCCACCAAAUGGAGCAACGACCACGAGAAUGCUUGGGCCUGGUUCUGGACCAUUGUGGAGAAGAAGGUGGAAGAGAACAAGAAGCUCCCUGUGUACAACCACCAGUGCUUGAGGACUUUUCUGGCUCGCCUCGAUGAAGAGACCCUUGCAGACUUUAAGCUGAAGGUGUUCGACUCCUUCUUCGCAAACUGCGAGGAGUCGCAGCUUUACUUGCGG